AUGGAUUUGGUGAAAAUAGUCAGGUCUAAGGAAGUGGAGAGCGUAUUUGUAGAUGGAUUGGACAGGUUUAUGUAUUCGGAAUGCAAGGAGGCGAGUUCAAGGGAAAUUGCGCAACUAGGGCUUCAGAUGAAGAAAUGCUGGUUUAGGUGGAAUACUGUUUUUGUGGUGGUGAAUAAUUUGUACGAAAAUAGACACUGGUGCAAUAAUGGUGACGUAUAUAGCCCAUUAUUGGGAUAUGGAUGGUCGUAUGUGGCAAAUUGGAAGUAUUUGCUGAAGAAACAGGGUGGAAUGAGAGUAUUAGAGGACUUGGAAGGAAAUGAGGUUAUGAAGUUCAAAAUAGAGGGAUUUGGUAGAAUAAGGGUCGUUGAUUGA